AUGAGUGGAGACCAUCACCAUCACCAUCACCAUCAUCACCACGGCCACGGGCAUGGCCCCAGCCAUACCCAGGUCAAUGGAGAAUACUGGAGUUCCGCUGCUUCGACUGUGUUCAAUACCGAAUGGGUCAUCUCCUGCCAAAAGAAGAUCCGCGAGCACCUCCAGGAGAACCUGGCCUGGUUCGAUGCCCAUCCCCCAACCGAUGGUCAGUUGAAAGGUAAAAUGAUGGACUAUGCGUGCGGUGAAGGAUAUAUCUCACGGGUAAGCAAUAGCUGCUCUUCAAGUGCUCAUCUAUUAUCUCAACUAACCAACGCACAGUUCUUUACUCCUUAUUUCUCCAAAUGUAUCGGUGUCGACGAGGCCGCAGGCAUGGUUGACAAGUUCAACCAGACAGCUCGCCAGGAGAAAUUGCCAGAGACUCAGAUAUACGCUGUCAAGGGAAAUCUGACUGAAGCCGAAGGCACACCCUCCAUUGCUGGAGAGGAAUUCUUCAACUUCGACCUUAUCAUCAUCGUCCACGCGCUGCAUCACAUCGAUGACCCGCAGCAGCUGAUUAACAGGUUCACUGAACGUCUUAGACCAGGCGGUAUUGUUGUUGUUGCCGAUUGGGAGAAGACAGGAAAGGACGUUCAUCCCGCGGACAUUAAUCAUCCUGCCGCGCACACGGUGUCUCAUAGUGGGUUUACUGAGAAGGAGAUGCAUGAGUUUUUCAAGAAUGCAGGCUGCAAGGAGAGCGAGUAUACGGUGAUGAAAGAGGAGAUGACCGUUCCCGAGGCCUGGGGCGGGAAGAAGACUCUCUUCUUUGCAAAGGGGAGAAAGUGA